AUGAGGGUGAGCGAUGGUCUGGCUCCGUCGAAGAUGCAUGCGUUGCAGUGCUUCCAGAGCCACCGUGCACAUGGAGGCCGGCGCGUGGUCGUGGGAAGAGCUCUACCAAGUCUGGAAGGGAAUAAGUAUCACAUGCAUCCAUCCCUAAUCUCAGCUUCCCUUACAGGUUCUGAAAUUGACCUUGCUUCGGCCAACAUGCGUGUGGUCGUUCUGUCUCUUAGCAGAGAAGCCCGAAAAAACCAUGGUUCACGGCUGGGGCUCAGCACAUCUGAAUCUCCGCUUGUGGUACAUGUCCCCAUAUCUGUUCAGGGUGGCGCUACAAGAUCAAAUCGAAACGAGAUCACAUGGCAGCUCAGUCUGGUUCUGAAAAUUCAUUCAUAG